AUGGCGUAUUCCUGUGUUGCAACUGUGCUAGGAAGUACAGGAGUAAAGCUGUUUUCCUUUGAUCCUGACAACACCGGCUACAUCAGCACUGAGAAGUUUCGCUCCCUUCUCCAGAGACACGGCUCGGAGCUGGACCCCCACAAGCUGGAGGUCCUGCUGGCCCUGGCAGACAGCAACUCUGAGGGAAGGAUCUGCUACCAGGACUUCGUCAACCUGAUGAGCAACAAAAGGUCGAAUAGUUUCCGCCAAGCCAUCCUUCAGGGGAACAGGAGGCUGUGCAGCAAGGCGCUGCUGGAGGAAACGGGGCUGAGCCUUUCGCAGAGGCUGAUCCGGCACGUUGCAUAUGAGACCCUGCCACGAGAGAUAGACCGCAAGUGGUACUACGACAGCUAUACCUGCUGCCCCCCACCCUGGUUCAUGAUUACCAUCACUAUCGUAGAGGUUGCCUUUUUUCUUUACAACGGAGUGGUAUUAGACAGAUUUGUGCUGCAAGUCACUCAUCCCUUAUACCUGAAGAACGCAUUACUUUACCAUCCUCAGCUCCGUGCUCAGGCUUGGAGGUACCUAACCUACAUAUUCAUGCAUGCAGGGAUAGAACACCUUGGACUCAAUGUUGUCCUUCAGCUCUUGGUUGGGGUUCCUCUGGAAAUGGUGCACGGAGCUGCGAGGAUCAGUUUUGUGUACGUUGCUGGAGUUGUGGCAGGGUCCCUGGCAGUGUCAGUCGCUGAUAUGACUGCGCCUGUGGUGGGCUCCUCUGGAGGCGUGUAUGCUCUUGUCUCAGCUCACUUGGCCAAUAUAGUCAUGAACUGGUCAGGAAUGAAGUGCCAAUUCAAACUGCUGCGCAUGGCUGUUGCCUUGGUCUGUAUGAGCUUUGAAUUUGGAAGAGCCGUGUGGCUGCGAUUCCACCCCUCCGCUUACCCACCGUGCCCCCACCCCAGCUUCAUGGCUCACCUGGGAGGGGUGAUGGUUGGAAUUACCCUUGGUGUCAUCAUCCUGAGGAACUAUGAGCAGAGACUCCAAAAUCAGACUUUAUGGUGGAUUUUCCUUUCUAUUUAUGUCAUUUUUGUCUUGUUUGCCAUAUUCUGGAACAUUUUUGCCUACAGCCUGUUGGAUCUAAAGCUACCUCCCCCUCCUUGA